UGUUCCACAUGGUUUUUGCCAAUUUCUGAUUGGUUUUGUGCAGUUGGAUAAGCUGAGGUGUGUGGAUCAAAAUCCAAGGCAAUAUACCUUAAAAGUAUUGAAAGGAAUCAUGCUUCAAGCAUUAGCUCUUUUGUCUUUAAAUUGUCUUGAAAAUUCAGAGGCCUCGAAGAAAUGAUCAUAUAUUUAUAUCUUCUUUGAAAGCUUCCUCAGCGAAGGCCGUUUGUCUUAACCAGAUCUCCUACAUAUUAUUUGGAAUUGGCAAGAAGAAAGAGUACAGAGAACAACGGUGAACAUUCAUGGAAAUAACAGAAUUGAGUGAAAGCAAUCUAACAUCUUUGAUUCAUGAAAAGCUUUGCCAAAAGUCUCCAAUACCAUCUAAAUGUUCCAUACAUAGAGUUCCGGAUAGACUACGCAGUAAAAUAGAGUGUUAUGAGCCAAAAGUAGUUUCAAUUGGCCCAUUUCACCACGGAAAGCAGAAGCUUCAAGCAAUGGAAAAAAUUAAGUUAUGGUAUUUGCAUUGCCUCCUCAAUCGAGCACCAACUAAAGAAACUACUUUGGAGUGCGUUAUAGAAGCUAUUGGAAGCAUUGAGCAAGAAUGUCGUGGAAGUUAUGCAGGAGAAAUUAAUUUUACUGAAAAGCAAUUCAUAGAAAUGAUGGUGGUUGAUGGUUGUUUUAUCAUUGAAUUCUUCCGUAAAGCUUCAGUUCCAGAGGAAGUGCGACGAGACAAGGAUGAUCCAGUGUUCAAUACGUCAUGGAUGGCUUGGGAAAUAACACACGACUUGUUUCUGCUCGAGAAUCAACUUCCUUGGCCAGUGCUUGACUGUUUAUUCAAGCUGACCAAAUCAAAUGCUGAAGGAAGGUCGCUACUCAAUCUUCUCAAUUCGUUUCCCCUAGGUGCCCUACGCACUCGUGAUGACCGCCAAAUCCAAUACAAGCUUUUACUCGACUGCCGCUUUAACUCUUAUGCUGAAACAUAUCAAGUAACACAGGCUAAUCACUUGUCAUUCUCAAAAGUGGAUUCCAUUCCGUCUGUGACAGAGCUUGUGCAAGCUGGGGUCAGAUUCGAAACUCGACAAGAGAUGCACUCGCUCAAUAUCACUUUCAAAGAUGGAGUGAUGACACUCCCACUGAUACAAGUUUCUGAGAUCACACUAUCAAUCUUCAGAAAUCUCAUUGCAUUUGAACAUUGUGAUCCAAGCAAAGUCUAUAAAUUGAGCUCUUACGGUAAGGUCUUGAAGGACCUUGCUCAGACUAGCAAAGAUGUAGAUUUUCUCGUACAGCGAAAAAUUCUAAAAAUCUCUUUGAGCUCUCACGACUUAGUAAGUUUGGGCAACUGGGUUUAUAAUGAUGCUUAUGACUAUGUUUUCCUUUACACCGACCUCUACCAUGAAGUUUAUGCAUAUUAUAGGUGCAGUCGGAACAGAUGGCGAGCAAUUUUGAAGCGCGAUUAUUUUAACAAUCCAUGGACGAGCUUGUCUGUUAUAGCUGCCAUCCUGAUUUUACUUUUUAGCUUGUUACAAACGCUUUGUUCUAUCUUAACUUACUACCGAUGCACCCCCAGUUAAGCAAUGGCGCUUGUCUCAGUGUACGUACGUGCAAUUCUCUCAAAAAAUAAAUCAGACUUGUAUGUGUGUUUUGGUGAGUUAUCUUGUGUGUAUUACUGUAUAUUAUA